UAUGGCUACACAUGGUACUGUAGCUCACAUUCAAAACAAUGAACGAGCAUUAGUUUAAAAGAAGAUAUUUAAACAAUUUGGCGACAUGUUCGUGCUGGCGGAGCUGAAGGACAAUGUGAGGAUUGCGCCGGACCAGUUCCAUCUGAAGUUGGUGGACGCCGUGCGCGACGAGAUCGACCGAAAGCUGGCCAAUAAGGUCCUUCUUAACGUGGGAUUAUGCAUUGCGCUGAAGGAUAUUGUUUCACUGAAGGAUUCCAUCAUCCUGCCGGGAGACGGAGCCUCGCACACGGAGGUUCUGUUCCGGUACGUGGUCUUCCGGCCGAUGGUGGGCACCGUGAUUACCGGAAAGAUUCGAAACUGCAGCCGCGAAGGAGUCCAUGUGACACUUGGUUUCUUCGACGACAUCCUCAUUCCGCAUGCCGCCCUGCAGCAUCCUUCGCGCUUCGAUGAGGCCGAACAGGCCUGGGUUUGGGAAUAUCCGCUCGAGGAUGGCGCCAAACACGAUCUCUUCAUGGACGUUGGCGAGCCCAUUAAGUUCCGCGUAUCACGGGAGAUCUUCGAGGAAACAUCGCCCAUUGGACCACCGAAAACUGAGGCUCAGACUCAGCAGGGAGCUAGCACAUCCGCUGCAGUCGCAUCAGCUACCUCCCAAGAAGUGAAGACACCGUACAGGAUUAUUGGUGCCAUUAACGAAUCCGGCCUAGGCGUGCUCUCCUGGUGGGAUCAGCAGGGAAAGGACGAUGAGCAGGACGACGAGGAGGACGAGGAGUACGAUGACGAAGAUGGCGAAGGCGCAUGCGAAGAAUGAUCCUGACGCCUACUCCUUUGUAUAGAUGCCACUUACAUUAGGGUUAAGAAUUCGAUUUAAGAUGAAGUCAUGACCAUAAAGUUUGAUUUAAGUCUGAUUAGAUCACAGCGUGUUUAUGAUUUUCAGACCAUACCAUACCAUAAAAACACAAUUAAAUUCAUUUUACCAUUUAUUUAUUUUAUCAUGUACUUGUAGAGUUGUGUUCUUCUUGGUUUAAGACUGCAGUUUCCAUCAAUAGCAGUUUGCUUAAUGUUCUGGAUGAAACUCUCACACUGGAGUUAAAAACAAAGCAUUUACAUUAAGUUUUAGUGAGGGCUUUAGUUUAAUGAGGAGAGCGGCUCUAUAACGUAAGCUAGAUAUAUAGAGUAUCUUUUGACGGCCAGAAGUCGAUUGUUUAUGGUUCGCAAUUGCAUUUUGCAAUUUGACAACAAUUUGCUAAACAUUAUGUUAAAUAUUGACCUCAUUGGUAGCGUGCUCAUUAUGUCACCUUAAAAUACUUUCAGUAGCAGUAAGUUAAUUACAGAUUAGUCAUAUGGUACAAUCGAAGUUAGGUUUCACUGGUCAGGGUAUGCAAAAGUCGAGGAUUUUUGUAAAUUUCAAUUGCAAUUUCAAUCUAAAGCUGAUGGCAACUUUUGCACGUUUUCGCUAAACUCGUAAAUAUUUUCAAAUAUUCAUCCUUUGUUGUUGUGUUGCUUCUUUGAACUAAUGUAAUUAAUUGCAUAUUUUGAUUCACUUGGUAUGUUUUGUAAUUUCUAUUUGUUGUUUGUUCGUCUUUUGGGCGCAAUGUUUUGUUUUCAUUUUUUUGAGUUUGGUUUUUUUC